GAAGUUGAAUACCGUCCCCGGUAAAUUCAGAGAAAACUGUCAGAUAACCCCCCACCCCGCAGCUCUGGGUUGAAUUCUGCAGAGCUUUCACUUGGUGCUUGCAUGCGUGAGCGCUAAAAUUCCUGGAGAGAGAAACAGAGUGAAAGUACAUGAGAAAGAGUGAAGAAAUGAGAAAACAUCUAAAGCAUUCAGAAAACAUCUUCCAAGAGGCAGGCUGAAUCAUCCUUCAGGGCCAGAAAUGUGGAAGGCAGUUUAAUGUUGGACCAAUUCAGGCCUGAAAAGGUAAAUAUGGAUUUGGAUUCCAUUCAUCACUUAAUUGAGGAAACACCAAUCUUCCAGAUGCAGCCGUCGGCGAUCAAACCACCGUGUGACGGGGCCGCAUCUAGCUCGUCCCCCAGGCGCACCCGUAAUUCCUGUUCUCCACUUUAUGGGCUGCAGUCUCGUGCUGCUCACAACUUCUGUGCCCGCCCGGGCAGCGCCAAUGAAUGGGAUGUUUGUGAGGAACUUCGCCUGCGGGAACUUGAAGAAGCCAAGGCCAGAGCUGCUCAGAUGGAGAAGACCAUGCGGUGGUGGUCAGACUGCACUGCCAACUGGAGAGAAAAGUGGAGUAAAGUUCGAGCCGAGAGGAACAGUGCCAGGGAAGAAGGAAGGCAGCUCAGAAUAAAACUAGAGAUGACGAUGAAGGAACUGAGUGCCCUGAAAAGGAAACAAAGUUUGCCACAUCGACAGGAGGCACUGGGAGCUAGAGUUACCCAGGACCUGAAGCGUCCCAGUUUCAUAGAAGUGUCCUACGCACAAAGAGACCGAUUUCAAAUUGGUUCGCAAGUGUGUGAGUCUGUCAGAGAGUGUCUGGUAAAGGGAGAAUUUCCUACAAAGGAGAACACAAAUAGCAAGGGAGAAGCUUUGAUUAUUGAUCCAGUAAGAUUAAAUGAGGAAAUGAAACUUAGUUUAGGCUGUCCUGAUUUAUUCAAGACCAGUGGUUCUGAGAACUGGGUACGGAAGGCUGAAGUAAGACCACAAGCAGUAAACAUGCCUUUGGAGAACCAAGUGCCCAAAAUUCCACCUUUGCAGGUGUGUUUGGAUGAGUUCCAGAAAAUUUUAUGGAAAGAAAGAGAAAUGAGCUCCUCUCUCGAAAAAGAAAUAGAACAACUGGAUUCAGCUUUGUCUGUAUGGAAAUGGAAGUAUGAAGAAUUGAAGGAAUCAAAGUCAGAAACUAUGAAAGAGUGUAACAUUUUUCGUGGUCAACAUGAAAAUGAAGUGGAAGAAAUAUCAGGAGAUACAAGGGAAGAAUCAAAAUCUCAAAACAGCAAGGACAGAGCUAUCUGUGAGUUAAGAGCAGAGCUGGAGAGAUUGCAGGCUGAAAAUACCUCUGAGUGGGACAAGAGGGAGAUCCUGGAAACAGAAAAACAAGGACUGGAGAGAGAAAACAGGAGGCUAAAAGUCCAGGUGAAAGAACUGGAAGAGCUCCUGGAGGGGAAAAACAGAGUAAGUGCAGAGUCUCAAGGUCCGGAUGUCAAGGCAUUGCAGUCGGAACUGCAGGAAAAACAACAGGAACUAUUGCAUCUUCAGCGUGCCUACCAUAAACUAAACAGACAAUACCAGGCAAAAACAGCAGAACUGGCUCAUGCGAACAACUGUGUGGAUCAAAAUGAGGCCAAAGUAAAGAAACUGAGAUUCCAUGUGGAAGAACUAAAACAGGGACUCAAACAAAAGAAAGAUGAGCUUGAUGAUUUCCUUAGUCAGAACCGUAGGCUCCAGAGAUGUCUGGAUGAACUGAAAGAAACAAAUGGAAGCUUGGAGACUGAACUCAGGCACUUACAAAACCGGGAUUACGCUGUGCAGUACUCUUUAUGUAGUAUCCUCUGCAUUUGGCUUGGGAGUUAUAUAUCUUGAUUUUGUUUCUACUAAAAGUCAUUUAGGUUUUUUUUGAAAUCUUGAAUCUCUUCAUUACCUUUCUGUAAUUAAGGUUAAGAAUAAAAUAAUUACAUUUUAAAUGUCCUCCUCAAUGAGGAGUUAUUUAUCUUACUAUUUGCCUUUGCUCUUCCUGCCCUCCUAGAAAUUACAUAAGUAAAAAUGUAGCCUGGAGAUAUGAAUUCAUAAUGUUAUUAAAUAAAUUUUAUUUUACCCUUUCAGUUUGUAACUGUUAUGCUUGAGAUUUAAAUCCAUGAUUAAUCAUGUGUGGUGUUCAUAAAUAAGCAACAUAUACAACAAUUUACACAUCCUUGAAUCCUCAAACGUAUGUCCCUUUGCAGGUGAUUGAAGUCUUCUGAUGUGUAGGGUUCAACUCCUUGAGUGCUUUAUCCUUUCCUUCUAGUUAAAUAAUCAUAAUCUCAUAUAAACUUAAAAUUCUGAUAAUAUUUAUGUCCCCAAAUCAUAUUCAUUAUUUUAGUGUAGAUUAGACCCAGAUAAGUUUUAUAUUUUUACCAUAUAAAAUUUUAGUGUAUUUUGGGGGUUUGCAUUUUUAAAGUAAAAACAUUUGAGAAUUUUUAUUUGAACUCUCAGUUUUAGAACUUUAUUGACAUUUUGAUCUAGCUCUUGCUGUAAUUGGCCUCUUUAUUUUGGUUCGUCCCUCAGUAAUCUGGUCUAUAUAUUUCAGUGUUUCCCCUCCAAGCAUAAGCAGCAAAUACUGUUGCUUUCACACAUGAAGAACAACUUGGAUUGCAUAGAAAUUAAGUUCACACAAUUUUGCCUUCAAUAAACCUCAUUCUACUGUCUCGGUGUUACAGAAAAGACAGCUGUCAUCAGUUUCAUGUUUGCCCCUUGAAAGAAUCACUUUUUCUGUCAAAGUACUAAAAUUAGUCUUGUGAAUAAUUAAAAUGUACACAGAAUAUAUCCUAAUGUAAUAAGUUUAUUACAUAAUAAGUUUAAUACAACUGAAGAGCACAUUCCAUUUGUGUGCUCAGUUCUUUAAAUUUCAGCUGAGGAAGCUUUCAGUGCAAUUUUAUUUCUUACAUGUUUUCAUUGUUCUGUGUUUCCUUUCCACCUCUUGAUCAUCUGUUACUCCUUCCGAGAGCGGGAUAUGUUCGCCCUCCCUUUUUGGUUCACUGUAUCAAUUAGAUUCUCUCCAAGCAUUUUAAACUCAGAGUUUUUUUCCCCUCUGAAUUCUGGGAAAGCUUUUCAAGUUUAAGUUUUAAUGGCUUCUAUUGCUCUGUGUUCAAAACAAUUUUAGAAUCUAUUCUUCAGGUUUCCUUUCAUCUUUCUUUUAUACUAGACAACUCUUUUUCCAUUUUAGUUUUUCACUAAACGUAGCUUCUCCUUAGAAUGUCUCACACCAUCAUACAGGCCAUUUCACACUGCAUCCUGUGGGAGAUGCCUGACAAAAUGAAACAUGCACGCGGUUUCUUGGGAUGCUUACUUUUUGU